UACCGGGACAUCCUGGAACCACAGAGAGAGAUUGGCAGGUCAAGCAGCCUAUCAGGGAGGAGCAUCCGCCACGAGAUCAACUCCCCCACCAGCACAGGUAAAUAACCCGGUGUCACUCUUUUUUCUGUCCCUCUGGUGUCACGCUGUAUGAUGUCCCCCACUCAUCGGGUGUCCUAGCUGUGAAUCAGUCCCUGAUUACAGGGACAGAAUGAAACCAGGCCUCCAGGAUUGUAAAAAUUAUUGAAUAGACAUGUAUUCCCUAUAACUCUCUCUCUCGCUCUCUCUCUCUCUUCUCUCGCUCUCUCACGCUCUCUCUGCCGCGCUGUCUCUCUCGCUCUCUCUUUGUCUCUCUCUCUGUCCUUCUCUCUCUCUCUGUAUAGAGCACCCGUCGUCCUCCUUCUCUGAGGGUGUUCGGGGGGAGAAGCAGACCCCCACCCCCAUGGGGGACUCUCCACUGGCCUCUCUGCCCCACACCGACUCAGGCAUUGGGGAAGAGGGCCACGGCCCUGGGGGUCUGAACGGAGCAGAGCUGGGCAUGGGCUUGGGCUUGGGCUUGGGCUUGGCAGGCAGGGAGACGGACAGAGACAGAGACAGAGAGAGGGAUGGCGGAGGAGGGGAUCUACUGUGUACCCUGUCAUCAGAGUUUAGGAGGUCAAGGGAGAGCCUAUUGGAUUCGCCCCACAACACUAACUCUGCUUCCAAUCCUGGUCAAGCCCCGCCCUCGUCGAUCUCGAGCAUCAGCCAGACGAACAAGGGCAUCAACGUCAAGGUACUGACUCUCUUUAUCAAGGUACUGACUCUUCCUUUAUCAAGGUACUGACUCUCUUCCUUUAUCAAGGUACUGACUCUCUUCCUUUAUCAAGGUCCUGGCGUUCUUUAUUUAUCAAGGUACUGACUCUUCCUUUAUCAAGGUACUGACUCUCUUCCUUUAUCAAGGUACUGACUCUCUUCCUUUAUAAAAGUACUCUUCCUUUAUCAAGGUACUGACUCUCUUCCUUUAUCAAGGUACUGACUCUCUUCCUUUAUCAAGGUACUGACUCUCUUCCUUUAUCAAGGUCCUGACGUUCUUUAUUUAUCAAGGUACUGACUCUCUUCCUUUAUCAAGGUACUGACUCUCUUCCUUUAUCAAGGUACUGACACUCUUCCUUUAUCAAGGUACUGACUCUCUUCCUUUAUAAAAGUACUCUUCCUUUAUCAAGGUACUGACUCUCUUCCUUUAUCAAGGUACUCUUCCUUUAUCAAGGUACUGACUCUCUUCCUUUAUCAAGGUACUCUUCCUUUAUCAAGGUCCUGACAUUCUUUCUUUAUCAAGGUACUGACUCUCUUCCUUUAUCAAGGUCCUGACGUUCUUUCUUUAUCAAGGUACUGACUCUCUUCCUUUAUCAAGGUACUGACUCUUCUUUUAUCAAGGUCCUGACUCUCUUCCUUUAUCCAGCUGUCUCUUUCUUCUGUCAAAUAAUAUGUUUUAUUGAUCAUUGAUUCUCUCGGUCAUGUAGGAGAUUCUGAAGAGUCUUGUGGCUGCCCCCCUGGACGGUGGGGAGGCGGGACAUGAAGUUGGCCCCACCCCCUACCACCCUGAUCCCGCCCUCAAGACACACCCCAUGCAGUUCCACUCCUUCGAC